AUGAAUAGAAGUUUACGUAAAAGAAAACUAAUAAGCUACUACGAGCCUGAUGAACCACCUUUCGACGAAUAUGUCUAUUGCGAUGAGUGUCGAGAUUUUGUUUAUGAAUAUUGUUCUAUACAUGGAGAGUUACUGGUCAUACCGGAUGAUAAGGUACCAUCUGAAACUGGUUUCCCGUCAUUUGUACCACGCGCAGCGCUCACCAUACCUCGUUCAUUUCUUCAUCUAGCUCAAUCUAUCAUACCAGGAGCAGGUCUAGGUGUAUUCAGCACGUUAACUUUACCACGCGGCGUUCGUUUCGGACCUUACCAAGGACGACAAACCCAGGAGGUCAAGUCCAUGUAUUGUUGGCAGACUCUAUCUCUAACUAUAUCUGUCUAUCCCAUUUUAAAGUUGUACGACGCAAACAACAAGCCGCACGCGGUGAUCGACGCGGAGGACGCAUCCGCCGCUAACUGGAUGCGGUACGUGAACUGCGCGCGGCACUGGCGCGAACAGAACCUCGUCGCCUACCAGUACCGCGGCCGGAUAUACUACAGGACUGUGAAAAUAAUUCCCCGUUUCACUGAGUUGAUGGUGUUCUACGGCAGUGAAUUCGCGAACUUGAUGCAUAUUAGCUUGGGAACUUACAACAUACCGAGCCACUACAAUAAUACAAAUGAAGGAACUAAAAAUGAUAUAAAUCAUUAUAAUGAUAAUAGUUACAAAAUUGAAGAUUCUGAGAUUGACUAUCUCAUUGAAGAAGAGGAUGAUACGAUUAUAGAGUAUGUUGAAGAACUAAGAAAUGCUGAAGAUAAAAAUUAUGACAUUGUUGUAUAUGAUGAUGAAGUAUCAACAGCAGCAUCAGCUACAGCAGAUGAUAAUAAUCAGAUAUGUAUAGAUUAUAAUUUGGAGAAUAACAAUUUAAUUAGUACAUACAACAGUGACCAAACACAACAAAACAAUUUUCAAUGUCACACAUAUGCUUGUGCUCAAUUCUUGCAAAAUAUUAGUACACAAUUACAACAAUAUAUUAGUGAGCAGUGUCAACAAAAUACGAAUGUCCAAUUACAACAAAAAAUCAAUUCUCAAUUACAAAUUACGUUCGCUCAAUUACAACAGAAUAUAAAUGAGCAAUUGCAACAAAUUAUUCACAAUCAAUUACAACAAAAUAAUACUCAAUUCCAACAAAACAGUACUGAAUCACAACAAAAUAUAAAGAUUUACUUAAAUUAG